AGAGAGACUUGCAGUGGGGAAGUUGUGCCUGAUGGACUGUGAUGGUUGAGGAUGAUCUUUAUGGCCGUCGGCGCCGCCGUGGUGAUGGUGAUCGCGCGCUGUGUGGACAUGAACGCGCUGCUCGAUCGCUUUCACAACUACAUUCUUCCUCAUGUGCGGGGGCCGGAGCGGGUGUGUCACUGCACCUGUGGCAGACACCGGGUGCAAUACGUGAUCCCGUACGAGGGUUCGAGCUCACCAGACCGAGAUCUUCCAGCAGGGGGCAGCAGCGUGACUAAGCAGGAAGUGGACCUAGUGUUGGGGUUGCUGCUGGGCUUCUGUAUCAGCUGGGUUCUGCUCUGGCUUGACAGAACCCUGCACCGGGUUCUUCGGGCUUGGAGAUCCCACCCACAAAAAGACGUGUGGAGGUCGUGGAAGUGGGUGAGCAGGAUGUGUAACGUACAGGAGCUUCGCAGGAGGCUGCAGCAGCGCAGGAACAACAGCGGCGGAGACAACAACGUGGUGCACGUCAAACACAGACACUACCACAACGGGCACCUGAGCCCACGCAGACUCUAACUCUGUCUCACACAAACAUACACAACUGGGCCUAGGAAUACUUUUUGACAAUGAUGUCAAAGCAGCUCGCUCUCUCGCU